GUGGCGGUGGGCGGCGGGGCUGAGGGCAGCCGCGACGAGCUGUUCCGCCGGAGCCCCCGGCCCAAGGGGGACUUCUCCAGCCGGGCGCGCGAAGUGAUUUCGCACAUUGGCAAACUGAGAGAUUUUCUUCUGGAACACAGGAAAGAUUAUAUUAAUGCUUAUAGCCACGUCGUGUCUGAAUAUGGGAGGAUGACAGACACAGAGCGAGACCAGAUAGACCAGGAUGCUCAGACGUUCAUGAGGACCUGCUCGGAAGCCAUCCAGCAGCUCAGAGCACAAGCCCACAAGGAGAUACAUUCCCAGCAAGUGAAGGAGCACAGGAGCGCUGUUCUGGAUUUCAUCGAAGAUUACUUAAAAAGAGUGUGUAAACUCUACUCAGAACAAAGAGCCAUCCGAGUGAAACGAGUGGUGGACAAGAAAAGGCUAUCUAAGCUGGAACCAGAACCAAAUACAAAGCCAAGAGAAUCCAUGUCUUCUGAGAAAGUUUCACAGACUCUUUCAAAAGACUCUGAAGAAAAAUCUGUCACUGAAGAAUAUCCAGAAAAAAUUCCGGCUGAAGCACAGCCUGAAUUGGGAACCUGGGGAGAUGGCAAAGGCGAAGAUGAAUUAUCCCCAGAAGAAAUACAAAUGUUUGAACAAGAAAAUCAGCGCCUAAUUGGUGAAAUGAACAGCCUGUUUGAUGAAGUGAGGCAAAUCGAAGGGAAAGUGGUUGAAAUUUCCAGACUCCAGGAGAUAUUCACAGAGAAGGUUUUACAACAGGAAGCCGAGAUUGAUAAUAUUCACCAACUAGUAGUUGGAGCAACCGAGAAUAUCAAGGAGGGCAAUGAAGACAUCAGAGAGGCCAUCAAGAACAACGCCGGCUUCCGCGUGUGGGUGCUCUUCUUCCUGGUCAUGUGCUCCUUCUCGCUGCUCUUCCUCGACUGGUACGACAGCUAGCCUGCCCCGGCGGCGCGGCGCGGUCCCAGUCCUGGCCUCAGACUGGGGGGGGGGGGGGACACACUCACAAAAGGGACACCUGGACCUAUGCACCCAGACUGUGCCCAUCUAGUAGCUGAGAAAGAAAACGACACAGUUGGAAGUGGGCUGCGUCACAGUCCUGAGGCCACAGGGGAGAAACGGGAGGGUGGCUAUCGCUGCACCUGACCCAAGGCUGCGGUGGGGGCCGCCCCGGGAGGGGAGGGCAGGCCAGGCCCGGCUCCGCCAGCGUCUCAGGAGGCGCCAGCCUUUCCCUCCUGGUGGCCGCAGGAACAGUGCUGGUCAGUGCCUUCUCACAGCAGAUGAUCAUUUCUUUGUUCCCCGCGGCUUUUUGUCUGUCUGAGCCAACCAACACACAGAUUCGGUGUGCAGUCCAUGAGAAAACCCCCCUCUGCCUUGUGACUCCCGUAAACACCGUUAAGUCAGCGCGUGCACACCUGCCUCCUGCCCAGGGAGGGAGCGUGGGGCAGGCCUCUGGGCCGCGGCCCGGCUUGCCCAGAACUGCUGCCCUGGCACUCUCCUGCCUGGUGGGCAGGCGGCGGGAGGACCUGUCUCUCUGCCACUGGGGCCCACGAGCUUUUGUCCAGAGGGCCUGCUGCUCCCCGCCUCUCCCUGAGCCCCAGGAAUCCGGAACGCCUGCUUGGACUUCGAAGCACGGAAGCCCGCGGCCACAUCUGCGCAGAAAGCAUCCGGUGUAGGCGGGGCCGGCAGCGUGGGUGCGAGGGCUCCGCGCUGCACAGACAGUCCGGGGGCACAGGGAUCCUCGUGUUCUUUAUUUGCAGAGUGAAAAUGUGGAAAGUUACAUGUGAAUGAGUUUACAGUCAAUAAAAUACACGUCUACUAGAAAGUA